GCAGUUUCUGAGAGGCAUUGGCAGCGACAUCCGCGAUGUUCUUGGUCCCGACAAUCCUUUUUUAGUCCCAACUGUGUUUGCCGCAUACGCAAUAACCAGUUUUCUGAUCGGUUUUGUCUUCAUCAUUUUAGGCCUACUGAAAUUGGGAAAUCUAUUCGCCUAUUUCCCUCAGACUGUCAUUACGGGUGCUACUGUGCCAUUGGUCUUUCAUUAUUUAUCCUCGGGCUAAGACUCAUGCUUCCUCCAUCUUCACCGGCACUUACAGUUCCCUCGGCCGGCUCCGUUCUGUUCAGUCCCUCUCACCUUCCGCUCCUUGCGGCCUCAUUCCUUCCCACCUUUAUCUUAUCGGUCUCUACGCGAUCUCAGUUCAUCGAUCGUUGGACGCGUGGGGCAGUGCAGAACGUGUACUAUGUGCCCUGUUACUUAUUUUCCAUUCCUUUGAUAUUUUGGAUUAUAGUUGACGCACUGCAUUGUCCCAGAGAUACCCUGGUAACCAACGGUUGGCUCUUUAGAGUUGACGCAUUUGCGACACGCGGCGGUGGCACUGGGACUUCGUGGAUCUAUUGGCGAGAGUUUGAUUUCUCCAAGGUCGAAUGGUGGACAAACUUCCGCAAAGCCCAAAAGUGUGCACGCGAUCAAAGUACUUACAACGAUGCACCAUUCAGGCCAAACAAGGGUCAUGACAGACUCCCAUACCGCCUCGAGAAGAAGCUCGAUACCGAGAAAAAGAACCAGCGCCGAAGCCAACAUAGUUGGGAUGUAAGGGAGGAAGAGCCCCGAGGUAAGAAGCAAGACAAAGGUAAGGAAUGUUACAAGACCUGCUUCGAAGCGACAACCGUUCGCGCGAGUGAAAGAGACGGAGUAGGAGUAUUGCUAACUCAGUACAUCAGAGAAAUGGUAGAUCGAGAUGCACUCAGAGACCAACUACGAUGUUGGGAGCUGUUCCCGCAGUUCCUGCAGGAAUGUUUGCGGCACCUUGACGGAAAAAUUCGUGAUUCAUAUCAUAAGGCACAUUCAAACUGAAUGCCAGCGGCAGAUUCAAGACUCCAAUCACGACCAAAAGCACGAUAUUCUCAAUCGCACUCUUCAUCGGUGUUGGAAUUGGUGCUGCAAUAGUCGUCUAUUUUGUGUACGGGGCCGUUGACUCUGUAAGCUCCAUGAACUCGGUCUACAUAAAUUUGUGCUGCCUACUGCGGGACAUCAACGUGCACGUUGUGGUUCUAUCAGGACACGUCUACUUUGCAACUAUCCCAUCUCUAGAAAGUCAGCUCCUCGACACGAAAAAGCAACCGGCAUUCGCCAUCGUUGACUUGUCGACGGUUCACCGCCUCAAAACUGCUGCAGCGCAAUGCUUUCAACGUGUGGUGUGCGAUUUAGCGCC